UGGCAGCGCCAACCAAUGGGAGACAAGAGCGGGAGGGGCCAACGACAUUUGCACACCUACAUUACUUUUGGUCAAGCACUCAGCGGGAGCAUCACAGGCGCUGCGAGUGAGUCGCUAUUUUCUCCGUGUCAAGAAAUCUACACAAAAACAAGAAGCAUCAUGUCGGACAGAAAGGCAGUGAUCAAGAAUGCUGACAUGUCUGAGGAGAUGCAGCAGGACGCUGUGGAGUGCGCAACGCAGGCGCUGGAGAAGUACAACAUCGAGAAGGACAUUGCCGCAUAUAUCAAGAAGGAGUUCGACAAAAAGUACAACCCCACCUGGCAUUGCAUCGUGGGAAGGAACUUCGGCAGCUACGUGACUCACGAGACCAAGCAUUUCAUUUACUUCUACCUGGGUCAGGUGGCCAUCCUGCUCUUCAAAUCAGGCUGAGCGAUUCAUUCACACAAAGCAGAAUUAAUGAACUGACUAUACUGACGAGGCUCACCAUUCCUGAUCCGGGACCUGCCUUCUCUCGGCUGCUUCUCCUUUCCUUCUGAUUAUAGUUUCUAAAAAUGGCCAUGCGAGAGGGAAAUGCUGUAAAGAAACACUUGUAUUUAUUUUUGUUUUCUAUCCAGUUUGAGCGUCUCAUGUCAUCUCUUUCGUUUUUUAAUUAAAGCUAAAUGGUUUGGCUGGA